CGAAUUCGUAAACACGCUAUGCCACUUGUGGAUGCAUGCGUCCGUGGCGUAAUCAUUCCUUCGACGGCUGUCGCGUGCUUCGUAUGCUAGAAUCGUGAGCUCCCUUAGAGCGGCGUCAGUGGCCCUUGCUGGCCGCGGAAAUAGGAUGAACACAAGUGGGAGCUGCGACAACCAGGCUAUUCUACUACAGCUACCCACAGUGUGAACCACAUCAUGUUUCUACUCGGUUGGAGCCGUGCUGCCGAUCCAGACUGAAGUGAACGGAAAUGGCCGCCCGAACGGGUUCAGAAACUUCGAGAGCAUCGACGUUGCCUGGAAGAACCUUACCUACAAGGUCAAGUGCGGCAGAACCAGUAGGAACCUGGUACAAAACAUGAGCGGCGAAGUGCGUUCUGGUACACUGACGGCAGUCAUGGGCCCUUCCGGUGCUGGCAAGACGACAUUGCUCAACUUGCUUACGGGUUUCUACGACAAGGGCUACACCGGAGAAAUUCAUAUCAACGGCUACGUGCGCGAACGGGAGCUGUUCAACAAGCAGAGCUGCUACGUCAUGCAGGAAGACCGCCUGCUGCCAGUUCUGACGGUAUUCGAAGCCAUCUCCAUGAGCGUUGAACUGCGAAUGCCGAACAUUGAACCAAAGGACAAGGCCAAGAAGGUAGAGCAGUCAAUACAAGAAUGGGGCCUGGAGGCGUGCCGAAACACUCUCACGGAGAAUCUGUCCGGCGGCCAGCGGAAGCGGCUGGCCAUCGCCCAAGAGCUGGUUAACAACCCGCCUGUUCUGUUCCUCGACGAACCUACAAGUGGCCUGGACAACGUAUCUAGUCUAAUGUGCGUACAGAUCCUCAAGCGGAUGGCAUCCAUGGGUCACACGGUCGUUUGCUCCAUACAUGCCCCCAGUGCCAAGAUAUUCUCUCAUUUCGAUAUGCUGUACAUGGUAUCCGGAGGACAGUGCAUCUACAACGGUGAAGUGGAUCAUCUUGUGGGAUUCCUUUCAAGACACGGCCUGCAGUGCCCACAGUUUCACAACCCCGCCGACUACAUUUGCGAGAUAGCGUCCGGCGAGUACGGUGACUGCUGCAAUAGGUUGAGCGUUGAGUUCGAGCUUCCCGAGCCGGAUAAAAGCGCGAUCGUCAAAGGGACACGGUCGAAAUACGGCGGAGUGAUCAUGACUAACGAGCAAAAAGCAGAGGCCUACAGGAUGUACUCCUUCAAGGUCAACCAAUUUCACCAGUUUCGAGUCCUGCUGAAACGCUGUUGGCUUUCAGUUUUCCGCAACAAGGUGGCAACACCUCUGAGGCUCGUGGCAUACGUUGGCUUCGCGGCAUUCAUGGUGAUACUCUUCUACGGCAUAGGUAACAAGGCAACCACGGUGACGAACAAUGUCACCAUGUUUUUCGCCAUUUCCUGCGUCUGCGUUUUCCAGUCAGUCCUGCCCGCCGCUAUUGUAUUUCCGAUGGAAGUACUAGUCUUGGCACGAGAACAACGAAACUGCUGGUACAGCCUGCACGUUUACUAUCUGGCAAACUAUAUUGCCGAGAUUCCUUUCCUGGUCGUCCCCAUCGGCCUGUUGAUCGGCAUCGUCUACUACCCGACGGGGCAGCCUAUGGUGCUCUGGCGCUUUGCGAGCCUGAUGCUGUUCAGCGUCCAGAUCUGCUCCGUGUCGCAGGCCUUGGCUCUCAUCGUGUCGGCAGUCUCCAAGCUUCAGACUGCAGUGUUCCUUGCCCUGCCAGUGGUGUCUCCAGCCUAUUUCUUCUGUGGCUUCUUCGUGCCGGCGCACUUGCUCAGCCCGUACACACGGUGGAUGACAGACGCGUCGUACAUGUACUACGCGUACAACGGCUUACUCUUGUCAGUGUACGGCUACGGCCGCGAACACCUCGAGUGUGACGAGUUCGUGUGCCUGUACGAGGACCCGGCGCACUUCCUGGAGGUCGUAGGUGCUGCGGACAAGAAGAUACACGUGUUGACUGUCGUCUUGCUGGCGUUCGAGCUGGCAGCCAGACUGACGGCGUUUGCUUUGCUCAAAAUGAGGCUCUCCAGGAAGGAGUGAAAGCUCGGGGCCAGGCUUCUGGCGGCGUCUGGCCUCUGUGUAUGUGUGCGCGCCCGCCCGUUGUGAGCGUGCGCAAGACUUCUCGAGUUAUUCGGCCGUCCAGUGGGUAAAAAAAUAUUGCCCCCGGGGGCAAGUGCGCACAACUUUCAUCGCUUUGUAUCACCCAACCUGCAGGUCCGCAUCAGGCCUAGUAUAGAGUUUCGUGGUGUCUGUACAGGUGGUGGAGAAAACAAGAAAAACAUUAUUUUCUUAUCGACACUUCACUCAGAGCCUCAAGAUCGAACUUUCAAGCAUCGUUAACACUGUUUACUACGUGGACUGUUUUCUUUAGUAAUCCACAGACAUGCGUAUUUCAGUUCUUACCCCUAAAAUAAUUGCGGAUAUAUAGUUAUUUCCGAUCGUUCAUUUGUGUCAUUAUAUUCAUAUCUAGGGCUAGCUUGUUUUCUUUACGAAGUAUCAUACUAUAUAGUAUACUCACCGAGUGAUGCAUAAGACGGUCUUUGAGAGAACACUAAUAAAUGAAUACUGGUAAGCGCAUGUUCAAGACGGGACAAGAGAAGACACCGAAGCACGGGACAAGCGAACACGAAUAGCCCGGAACACUAAUACAGAACACUAAUAAUCCAGUGUGAUUGAUUAAGGGCUAGGCAGCGUGGUAUGGGGGAUCGGUGCCACUGAACGCAAAAUUCAGCGUAAUAUGCCUGAAUGUGGUGCAUACGCACCACUUUCCUUUUCUUUUUGCGCGUUUGUGUGUGAGUGCAAUGCGUGCUAAUGGCAAUAUUGGCCAGAGGAGAAAACAGGAAAUAGAGUACGACACGCGGUACUGCCACUAUUGACAGGGUGGAGCAAAAGCGGACUAAGUCAGCCUUUGAAGUUAAAUUUCGGUCGCUGACCGAACCGCACGUAUGAGCUCCGAAACCUGUUCGUUUUAUUCACAGCAGUGCUCAGCGCUCGUUUCCAGCGUUUGUUUGACGCAAACACACUUUAUUUUUAUUUUCCAUGGCUCGUGCAGUCACCCACUGAAGGAUGUCAACACCAUCCUUGCGAGUUCCAUACGGCGACAGGAUGAUGAUGACCUGGCACAAUUUAACGUCUAGAACACAGGUUUGUAAAUUGUGUCGAGCGAAUAACAUGACUUUCAAGGAGGACCUCGGCUACAUACUAGGUAUCCCGUUGCAAAGAGUAAUGCACUGCAAGUUUCAUUUGCCUUCUUCGGUUGCCUGUAUGAAAUGCCCGAUUCUAAUAAAGUUCCACCAACGAA